GGCUUUCUCCCCACGUCAUGCAGUCUAAGCUCUCUUCGGAUCUUGAAUUUUCCGCAUCGAGGUUCCCGAGCAAACAUUGAGCCGUCCCGAAAGCAGUUUAGUGCGACUCGCCGUCCGUUAACGCGUUUAGUGGAAAACGCGGACGCGUCCAUUGUCGAUUCUAUAGUCGGCAUUCAAAUUGCACUCUGCAUUCUGCAUUCAAUCGCCUGUGGUUUCCACUCUCGACUGCGCAGAUGCUGCAUUGUUCGGCGCCAAUUAUCUAAUCUUGAAAUCACAGAAAAAAUCCCCUCCGCAUGUUUUGAAGUGCAGUCGUUUUCUCACCAAGCAACAUACUAUCCGGCGGUGGGCUGCAGCACCAUGCCUUCGCGCAAACCCAGCAAGUAUGGCAACAAAUUCCGAUCGAGCGCGGCGACCUUCAAUCCGAAGAGAGCAAAGACAGUAGAAUUCACGUCACUUCGGUCUACAGAAGCUACCUCCCAAGAUGAAAAGUUCGAAGCUGUUCGGCGAGCAAACACCAUCGAUGAGUCCAUGGGUUUCUCCCGUUACGAGGCCAGUCAGAAGAGAGCUGGCUGGCUUAUAAACAUGCACAGCACAUCUGUGGAAGAUUCAAAUAUUGCGGGAGGUCGAGCCGGCGUCGACUUUUACUUUUUGGAAGACGACGGCGGCAGCUUUAAAGCCACAGUCGAAUACGACCCUUAUUUCCUCAUUGCUGUUAAGGGAGGCCGGGAAGGAGAAGUUGAGGAAUGGUGCAAGAGGGCAUUGGAGGAUGUUGUGAAGACUGUGCACCGGGUUGUCAAGGAAGACCUUGGGAUGCCAAAUCAUUUGCUGGGGAAUCGCCGAACGUUUCUUCAACUCGGUUUUGCAAACGUUGGCAAUUUACUUGAGGCUCGGAAAAUGCUCAUGCCAAUUGCGGAAAAGAACAAGAAAAAUGUGACAACAAUGGAUACGUAUGCUGAGAUGGCCAGAACAUCUGCUGGCUUCGAUCUCUUCGAUGACGAACUUAACGAUGAUGUACGACCUAACAACACCAUGAACGCGAGCGAUUUUAUUAUUGAUAUUAGAGAAUAUGAUGUGCCCUAUCACGUCAGAGUGGCCAUCGACAAAGAUAUUCGAAUUGGAAAAUGGUACAACGUGGAAAUGAAGCAUGGACUAACAAAAUUGACAUGCAUUGAAGAGCGACUUCAACGUGCCGACCCUGUAGUGCUCGCAUUCGAUAUUGAAACGACGAAGCUUCCUUUAAAAUUCCCAGACGCCGUUAUCGAUCAAAUCAUGAUGAUUUCUUACAUGAUUGACGGCAAUGGAUUUCUUAUCACAAAUCGAGAGAUUGUCUCAGAGGAUAUCAAUGAUUUUGAAUACACACCCAAGCCAGAGUAUAACGGACCUUUUCUUAUUUUCAACGAACCCGACGAACGCCAUGUCCUGGAGCGUUUCUUCAGUCAUAUCAAGGAAGCGAAACCAACAGUUAUAGCAACAUAUAACGGUGACUUUUUCGAUUGGCCUUUCGUUGAAACGCGUGCCAGCGUUCUUGGUAUCGAUAUGUACACCGAAACCGGCUUCAAGAAAAACAACGAAGACAUCUAUCAAAGCGACCACUGUGUUCACAUGGAUUGUUUCGCCUGGGUGAAUCGAGACAGUUACCUUCCUCAAGGUAGCAGAGGUCUGAAGGCUGUCACAGUUGCAAAACUUGGGUAUGACCCAGACGAAUUGGACCCGGAGCUCAUGACUAGGUAUGCCAGUGAACGCCCACAAACGUUGGCAGAGUAUUCGGUGUCCGAUGCCGUUGCGACGUAUUAUCUCUAUAUGAAAUAUAUCCAUCCCUUUAUUUUCUCCCUCUGCACCAUCAUUCCCCUGAACCCAGAUGAUGUUCUUCGAAAAGGUACUGGAACGCUGUGCGAAAUGCUCUUGAUGGUGCAAGCAUACAAGGGCAAAAUCAUUCUACCCAACAAACACAAGGACCCGACAGAGGCUUUCUAUGAUGGCCACCUUCUUGACUCGGAGACGUAUGUGGGUGGUCAUGUCGAGAGUAUAGAAGCCGGGGUGUUCCGUAGCGACAUACCCGUCAAUUUCGCUGUUGACGGUGCCGCUAUUGACGAGCUACUCAAUGACCUAGAUGCCGCCUUGAAAUUCAGUAUUGUGGUGGAGGAAAAGAAAUCCUUGGAGGAUGUCUCGAAUUAUGAAGAGGUUAAGGCUCAAAUUGUCGAGCGCCUCACGACCUUGAAGAACACGCCAAAUCGCAUGGAGCGACCGCUAAUUUACCAUCUUGACGUGGCUUCAAUGUACCCAAACAUUAUGACAACGAAUCGACUGCAACCUGAUUCUAUGAAGCAAGAAUCAGAUUGUGCCGCGUGUGACUUCAAUCGACCAGGAAAGACCUGCGAUCGACGUCUACCUUGGGCGUGGCGUGGCGAGUUUCUUCCUGCCAAACGCGAUGAGUACAAUAUGAUUCGGCGUGCUGUUGAGAACGAGAGAUUUCCCGGCAAAUAUAAGAACUCCCCGAUGCGUCCGUUCACAGAACUCAGCACAGACGAGCAAGCGGGUAUCAUAAGAAAGCGCCUUCAAGAAUACAGCAAAAAAAUCUAUCACAAAAUCCAUGACAGCAAGACGAUAGAGAAAGAAGCCAUAAUUUGUCAACGGGAGAAUCCAUUCUAUGUCGAUACCGUUCGCGACUUUCGUGACCGACGAUAUGAUUUCAAGGGAAAGCAAAAAGUUUGGAAGGGCAAAACAGACUCUCUGAAGUCUUCUGGUGCCCCAGCUGCUGAGGUUGAGGAGGCCAAGAAGAUGAUUGUCCUAUUUGACUCUCUUCAACUUGCACAUAAAGUCAUUCUAAACAGUUUCUACGGCUAUGUCAUGCGAAAAGGAUCAAGAUGGUACUCCAUGGAAAUGGCAGGGGUGACGUGUUUAACGGGAGCUCAUAUCAUUCAAAUGGCACGAGAGCUUGUGGAACGCAUCGGCCGUCCCCUAGAGCUUGAUACUGACGGUAUCUGGUGUAUGCUUCCAGCUACCUUUCCAGAGAACUUUGCGUUUACUUUGAAAAACGGCAAAAAACUGGCCAUGUCAUACCCCUGUGUCAUGCUUAAUCACCUCGUUCAUCGCCGUUUCACGAACCAUCAAUACCAGACGCUAACUGAUCCUACGACAUUCAAGUACGAAACAUCAAGCGACAACUCGAUUUUCUUUGAAGUGGACGGCCCAUACAGAGCAAUGAUUCUACCGGCAUCGAAAGAAGAGGAUAAGAAUUUGAAAAAGCGUUACGCGGUCUUCAAUGAUGAUGGCUCUCUUGCUGAGCUAAAGGGGUUUGAGGUCAAGCGUCGUGGUGAACUCAAACUCAUUAAGAUAUUCCAAACGCAAAUUUUCAAAUUCUUCUUGGAUGGAAAAGACCUAUCAGAAACAUAUGGAUCAACUGCUCGGGUGGCCAAUAGGUGGCUCGACGUGUUGUAUGAGCACGGCGACACAUUGGCCGACGAGGAGCUCAUCGACUUGAUUUGCGAGAACAGAAGCAUGUCAAAGACUUUAGAGGAAUAUGGGACGCAAAAGUCUACAUCUAUCACGACAGCUAAACGACUAGCUGAAUUUCUUGGUGAGCAAAUGAUCAAGGACAAAGGUCUUAACUGUCGCUACAUUAUUUCAGCAAGGCCGAGAAACGCCCCAGUUACGGAACGAGCAAUUCCUGUGACCAUUUUCUCUGCGGAGGAAAGUGUCAAACGCUUCUUCUUGCGCAAAUGGCUAAAGGAUGACCCCGGCAACAUGGACCCGCGAUCUCUCAUUGACUGGGACUACUAUCUUGAACGUUUGGGCUCUGUGAUUCAAAAGCUGAUUACUAUUCCGGCCGCCUUGCAAAAGCUGGAUAACCCAGUUCCUAGGGUGCAGCACCCUGACUGGCUUCAACGCCGUAUCGCGACGAGAGACGACAAGUUUAAGCAGAAGAAGAUGACAGACAUGUUUCAGAAAACCCCUCUUUCUGAGAUGUCUAAUAACAUCCUGGAUCACCGUGUUCCUCACUCCACUGAUAUCGAGGAUGCCGCGACGCAAUCUACUCAAAACAAAAAAAUGUCACCAUCUAGCAAAAUGGCACAGAAAAGAAAACUCCCCGAAGGACCUUCGACAACGGCCCUUGAUCCGUAUGCCGCUUUGCCGGCAAAGAUGCCAUCGAUAUCCGAGGAUUACGAAGGGUUUAUCAAGUAUCAAAAACAGAAGUGGAAGAUACAAAAGCAGGCGCGAAUAAGACGAAGACAGCUUUUUGGAGAAAGAUCGGCCCAUGCGUCUGACUCGCUAGGCCAAUUCUUCCGGAACCAGGCAGAGCUACUGUUUAUCAGUAAAUGGGAGGUCUUGCAACUCAGAGAGACCGAUAUGCCUGGAGAAGUGCGGGGGUUUGUGCUAAUAGACCGCAAAAUUCACGCUAUCACUGUGAAGGUUCGACGUCAGCUCUUCGUUAACUUGAAAGACGACUCUUUGCCAGAUGUUGAGCUGCCGGACUGCGAGGUGGAAAAAGUUAACCACACCCUACCAAAUGGUCACCCUUCAGUUCACCUUUUCAAGCUUAGUCUACCGGAAGACACCUUCUUGACCCAAUCCGACAAAAUCAAUUCAUUGUUGAACCAUCCAAGUGUGGAAGGUGUCUAUGAACGAAAUAUUCCUCUCGCUGCCCGUGCUGUAAUGAAGCUAGGCAGUACUUGCACCUUUGACGAAAGCCAACGUGGUGUUCUCGGUGACGGACUAGAUCAUGGCUUCGAUUUAUCAUCUCUGCUACACACUUCUACCGAGAAGCCUUAUCUAGAGGACUCAAUACUCUCAUACUAUUACUUAUACCACGUUACGUCAGGCGACCGUCAGGUGUUUGCCCUUUUCUCAACAUCCAGUAAUGAGGCCAACAUCGUCAUUCUCAACCGAAAUCGUGAUAUGCAAGGUCUUCCAAACGUUGACAAAAUCUAUUCUGAGCUUCUUGCUCGCAAGCUUGAAACCGAGGGCGAAUCUUCGACAACCGCUUUUGAUUACCAGGAAAAGAUACACUUCAAGACUGUCCAAGUUACUACUCAGCGAAAAGCUAUGUUGGAAGUCGGUGAUUUGGUGAAGAAGCUGCGCAAAGAAGAAAACAAGCCAUUUGUAUUCGUGAUUCAAUCCCAGCAAAGACGAAAACUGAGUCACGAAAUUCCAAUCUUGAAAGAAUAUCCGAUUCUAGCGGUCAAACCCGAAAUUUCUGAUACGGACAUGCCGCCGCUAGGAUGGCAAUCUUUCAUUGCAAAGCGGUUGGUCACCCACUAUCUCUACUUGGGCUCAUGGGUUCAGCAUAUUACAAGUCUCGCACGCUAUGGGGAUGUUCCCAUUUGCAACCUUGAAAGCGAUGACCCUCGAUACUUGAUUGAUAUCGCCUACGCUAGGCGGCUUCAACAGAACAAUGUGGUUCUCUGGUGGUCAGCCGGACCGCGGCCGGAUCAUGCUGGGUACGAGAAGGACGAUGUCUUGGGCGCCCUCGAAAUGGUUGACAUGCCCUCCAUCAAUAUGCCAGGAACAUAUGCGACUGUCUCAAUUGAACUCGAAGUGCGAAACCUCGCGAUAAACACAAUUCUUACCUCAUCUAUCAUCAACGAACUCGAGGGCAGCGAUAGUCUUCUUGCAUCUGGAAAUGAUUCUGGCGAUGGCAGUGGAGUCCUUUACUCCGAAAAAGCCUUUGCUUCAGCCGGUGUGUUUGUUUUACGCGAAAUGGUCAAGCAAUGGUGGACAGAAGCCUGUGGAGGCAAUACCAUGGCUGAUAUUAUGGUCCAGCAUCUGAUUCGCUGGGUGGAAAGUCCCAGCUCACGACUUUAUGAUCGGUCAUUGCACCACUAUGUUCGAGUUAUGUCGAAAAAGUCUUUUCAACAAUUGAUGGGAGAUUUCCGCCGCGUUGGAUCGAAUGUUAUCUUUGCUAGCCCGACGCGACUACUACUCCAGACCACGAAGACAGAAGUUGGAAACGCAUUUGCUUACAGUCAAUACAUCCUUAAGUCAAUUCGGGCAAACCCCGUGUUUCACUUUAUCGACCUUGAACUCAAAGAAUACUGGGAUUUUCUGGUGUGGUACGACGAAUUCAACUAUGGUGGCAAAGGAUGCCUAGAAGUUGUGGAGGCAGAAGCUCAGCAGCUAGAAACUAUCAUGCAUUGGCAGAUGAGCCGCUUUCUGCCUACGACCAUGCAGGGUGUCUUCCACGACUGGGUCAUUGAAUACAUUGAACUAAUGCAUGGGCUCAAACGAGGAGACGAUGUGGAAGACUCUUCUACGCCACGACUCACGCAGAUCCCAAGGCCAGCAAACGCAGCAGACGACGAGGCAACGGCGAUUCUUACGGACAAAUUUUCGAAGCCAUUGAAAAAGCAAAUUGCAGGGCUCAUUCGACGCCAGCGUGAUGAACUCCUUCACCCCGAACUUGCAUCCGACUAUAUCUUUCCUAUUCUCCCAGGAGCCAUCGUUGAUCCGAACGAGGAAAAUCGCAAUCCAGUAUUGGAGUUGGUGAAGUCAUUGAUGCAAAUUCUUAGUCUAUCCAAGACCACCACCCUAGAGACACGUCUACUUCGGCGUGAGCUCCUUGCAUUAUUCGAGGUCCGUGAAUUCAGCAAGGAGGGGCGUUUCGAGAACCCUAGUGCCAGCCUGAAAUUGGCCGAGCUGACAUGCAGUGGAUGCUGCUUGAUCCGUGACCUGGACUUGUGCCGAGACGAAGAUGUCCUCCCAGACGCCAAUGUUGACGGUGGGAAAGGAGCUCUUAAAACCUGGAAAUGUCCUUUCUGCCAGACCGAAUACGAUCGACUCGCGCAAGAAGAAAAACUCAUAGGCGAGAUCCACGGCAUGGUGGUUGCUUGGCAGGCUCAAGAUCUGAAGUGCUCCAAGUGCAGCAAGCUCAAGGUCAGCGCACUGAUGGAGCAUUGUUCCUGCAGUGGCGAGUGGACAGCAACUAUGAAACGAGGGGAGAUGGUCAAGAAACUACGCGUCAUGUCUAGCGUGGCCAAGUUUCACGAUCUCAAGCUGCUAGAGGGAGUGGCAGAGGAUGUGUUGAAGCAGAUAUGA